AUGACAGAAGCUGUGCAGACCUAUGGCCGUAAGAAAACUGCGACCGCUGUCGCUCACUGCAAACGUGGCAAGGGUCUGAUUAAGAUUAAUGGAUCACCAAUCAACCUUGUUGAACCCGAAAUUCUGAGGUUCAAAAUAUACGAGCCAAUCUUAAUUCUGGGUCAAGAAAAAUUUGCUGAUGUCGAUAUCAAAGUGAGGGUUAAGGGUGGUGGUCAUACCUCUCAAGUUUAUGCCAUUCGUCAAGCAAUCGCAAAGUCGAUUGUGGCAUUCUAUCAAAAAUAUGUCGACGAGGCCCAAAAAAAGGAGAUUAAGGAUACUCUUAUUCGUUACGAUAGAUCUUUGUUAGUGGCUGAUCCUCGCCGUUGCGAACCAAAGAAAUUUGGUGGUGUUGGUGCCCGUGCUCG